UUCUUGUUCACAAAGUGUGGUGAUCAACCAUACCCACUUCGUACACAAUUUUUUGUUUUUCCAUUCCGAGCCGUUGUGUUCCGUUCAUAAGAGCAUGUUCAAUCCCACCACCAUUAAUUUGAUUGGAAAUAUUAUAUGAAGUAAAGAAGAAAUAAGAAGAAAUAAAAAAAAAACGCGUUUACUUGCUCGCCAUAUACAAUUUACGAAAAUAUAAAAUUUUUUUUGCUUCAAAACAUUUUCUUGCUGUGGCAAAAGUAGCGGCAACGCGCGAAGUUUAUAACUUUCGAUUGCGGUCAUUUGAUUUGCGCAUGUGUACUCGACUAUUUGUAUCGUUUUAAAAAAGAAUAAAUUUUUAAACAAAAUUUAAAUAUAAAUCACAGAAUAAAAACGAAAAAUUUUUAGUUUCAACCAAUCCAAAAUGCAUAAAAUAAAUUGGAAUAGUUUAACAAUUCUGGUGAUAGUCUUGUGCCAUUUAACGUAUGCAGCACCAAAUUUACGAAUUAAACGCGACGACACCGGAUCUAUCUGAUGUGUCCGAUUUAAAUCCGAUUGCAUCAGAGGAUUCUGUUGCCGAAGGUGUUGACCGUGAUAAGCGAAAAAUACCAGAUGUUGUUUUUGCACCAAAAAAUGCCAUCCUAGGCUUUGUCUUUGGCAAAAUCGAUAGUUUACUCGACGCCAAAACCCGUUUCAUUGACACAUUGGACAAGCAAAACAUCAUCAAAAAUAAACAGCAUCACAUCGAAGUGCCCGUACCGAUCAAAAGUUUCCAGGGACUCAUCCAAGCCGUCAUUUCACCGAAAAUCACAGCCAUCACAUCCAAGAUCGGUAGCUUAAGUGGAGCGUUCGGAAGUUCUGGAUCUUCAGGCGGCGGUGAUGGAGACGGUCAUGCUGGAGGCGGUGCAUCGGCUGGAUUAGGAGGAAUUGUGUCAUCGUUCUUGAAAUUGUCCGGUCCCAUUCUAUCCUCGUCAUCUGGUUCGGCAUCGGGUGGAGGCGGUUUAUCGGUUGGCGGCUCCGUCAGUUCUGACGAUGCAGCCAGCGAUGAUGAUGAUGAGGAGACACCAUAUUAAGCGGCAGUCAACGAAGAUAUUCGAUUAAUGGAUUGAGUAGACACAGUCUAGAGUGAAAAAGGAAGUUGGGCAGCAGGAGAUGUGGUAGAUUUAUAUAAAUUUUUGAAACAGAGCGGAUGUUACGGUGUGUAACAGAUGGUGAAAAUUGCUUGGAAUAUGGUUCAUUAGUCUAGUUAGUAGGAAAAAAAAAUGUUUUCUUGAAAUUUAUGAUUUCGUUUCAUCAAAAUGCUAUUUAUUAGGGUUUAAUAUUCUGAUCGGGAGCUGUGAUGGUUUUUUUUUAAAUUAAUCGAAAGUAAAUUAUUAGUAACAAGUCGCAACUAAUUUUAGCAAAGAGAACGAAAAAUUGUUUCAGUCAAUGGUCAGAGAUGCGUAUUACAAUAGAAAAUAAUUCUCUCUGGAAGUAGAACUUGAAUUUAUAAUAAUUUUGACGCGAUUCGAGCAUCUUCGAACGAUAUUUUUAUGACUUUUAUCGGGAAUUUUGGAAAAUAUUUUCUAAUUUUUUUUCUCUUUUUUGAUUGUUUCUUAGAUGUUAAAGUUUUUUAGUUAGAGAAUCGAUGCUUUUAAUGAACAAUUUUGCAUUUAAUAUCCAAACAUGCCAAGCAACCAUUUUCUUCCACUUUCCAACUACCAAUCAAUUCAAUUUGAAUCUUUGAAAGUUUUCAAGUUUGAAAAGAUUGACACUAUUUCAAUCACCGUGCAUCACCUAACUUUUUCUUUGAACUGAGACAAAAUGAGAAAAAUAUUUAACGGUUUGGAAGUUGUUGCUACGUAAAUUCUAAUCUGAACGAACAAAAAAAUUUAUUGGACAAUGCGAUAAAUUAAUGGAAGCUGAUCCUUUCGAUAAAUCUGUCGAAUUGUGAUAAUCUCGACGAAGAAUUAAAUUUCGUUGAAAUCUUUAUUUUCAAAGGCGUUUGGCUCAAAACAAGUGGAAAGAGUUUGUCAUUUCCUGUUCUAUUUUUAUUUCAUUUUACAAGCACAUGAAAUGUGUGUAAAAUUAAACAAAGAUCAUCUUCAAGGACGUUUAAAAUGUCAUCCACAGUCAAAAAAAUCAUACAAAUGAACGAACGAAACAUUAAACGAAACUUAAAAGAGGUUACGUCUGAAAAUACCGUAACUUGAAUAUGAUCUAUAUAGAACGAAAAAAAAAUCAUUUAUUUUCAGCCAAGAGAAAAUCGGGUCACUUCACAGACAUAUGAACCGAAUAAAUGUAAAUGUUGACAACAAUUCCAAACUGUUAAAUAUUCUUCACUAAUUUAUCAAAUUAUUCAUUCGAAUUCACUGUCUUUCUAAAUUUUAAUUUUGAUUCAACGUCAAGAUCUCAAUCUAUUGACGAGAUCUUAACGA